GCAGAUUAAAAAAGAAGCAACUACUUUGAAUUAAUGACUGUAGACAUGGAUUCUCGUUUUGCAUGGCUGACUCUCUUCUCACUUCUCUUGUUUGCAAAUACCAUAGAAUCAAGGAAGGAUCCAGGAGAAUAUUGGACUAGUGUCAUGAAAGAUCAACCAAUGCCAAAAGCAAUUCAAGGCCUUGUUCAUUUGGAUUCAUCGCCAUCUAAGCUUAGCAAGAAUGACAAUUGCCACACAUCUGAGGGGGCAAUAGGCAAGGACCAAGGUGAGAAAACUUAUGUUAAAGAUUUUGAGCCGAGACCUAGUGUCACGGCUUAUGUUAAUGAUGUUGGUCUUGAAACAAAGAAUUUUGUUAAGGAUUUUGAGCCAAGACCUAGUGUUACAGCUUAUAAUAAUGAUGUUGGUCUUAAGACACAAAAGAAAUUUGUUAAGGAUUUUGAGCCAAGGCCUAGUACCACAGCUUAUGUUAAUGAUGUUGGUCUUGAAACAAAGAAUAAUUUUGUUAAGGAUUUUGAGCCCAGACCUAGUGUCACAACUUAUAUUAAUGAUGUUGGUCUUAAGAAUCAGAAUAAAUUUGUUAAGGAUUUUGAGCCGAGACCUAGUGCCACAGCUUAUGUUAAUGAUGUUGGUCUUGAAACAAAGAAGAAAUUUGUUAAUGAUUUUGAGCCAAGGCCUAGUACCACAGCUUAUGUUAAUGAUGUUGGUCUUGAAACAAAGAAGAAAUUUGUUAAUGAUUUUGAGCCGAGGCCUAGUACCACAACUUAUGUUAAUGAUGUUGGUCUUGAAACAAAGAAUAAUUUUGUUAAGGAUUUUGAGCCCAGACCUAGUGUCACAACUUAUAUUAAUGAUGUUGGUCUUAAGAAUCAGAAUAAAUAUGUUAAGGAUUUUGAGCCGAGACCUAGUGCCACAGCUUAUGUUAAUGAUAUUGGUCUUGAAACAAAGAAGAAUUUUGUUAAGGAUUUUGAGCCAAGACCUAGUGCCACAGCUUAUGUUAAUGAUGUUGGUCUUGAAACAAAGAAGAAAUUUGUUAAUGAUUUUGAGCCGAGACCUAGUGUUACAGCUUAUGUCAAUGUUGUUGAUCCUGAAACAAAGAAGAAAUUUGUUAAUGAUUUUGAGCAAAGACCCAAUAUCUCAGCUUGCAAUGAUGAUGAUGUUGGUUCUAAGGAUGAGAAGCCAUUUGUGGAAGACUUUGAGCCAAGACCAAUUGCUUCUGUUUAUAGUGAGUGAUAAAGGAGGACAAAAUAUGUGCAAUUUAGGGAUUUUAUGUAAAAUAUUCUGCAAUUGAAUAAGUAUGGAGCCCAGGAAAAAAAGGCUAUGUAAAAGGGUUCUUAUAUCCUAAUUGCACAACAUGUUGGCUACUAUGUAAACUUUGUGUGCUGAUGAAUAUUAUAUGAAGCUAUCGUUAUGGUUUGUUC